AUGGAUAUAACUCAACUCAUUAAACAGUUCAAAUUCGAACGAUUACUUAAAUCUGAUCCUCAAACCAAACAGAUAGUGGUUCUAGGAACUGUUGAAAAUGAACAUGCCAUUGUCACAAUUGAGAAAUCCCAUUUCUUAGUUGAAGGAAACAUCGAAGUGAAUGAUAUAAUCAAUGAGUUGAAAUUGAUACAAAAUAAUGAUGUAUAUUAUUGGUCCUCAAGUACCAUUAACCAAGAGCUACCUGAUACACCGGGCGCUAAAGUAAAUGUUAUAUAUCCAGCUACUGAAACUCAUAUUAGAAAAUACAGUCCACAAAAGUUCCAUAUGGUUUUAGAGACUCCAGAAAUGUAUGAAAAUUACGUUGUACCUUAUAUAGAGACCAUGAAAGGUGAUAGAAUCAAAUGGGUUUAUAACAUUCUUUUUGAAGGCAAGGAAAGUGAAUCUUUUGUGUAUCAUGAUAAAGAUUUAGAAACCGGAUUUGUCCUUUUACCUGAUAUGAAGUGGGACAGAAUUAGUCUUGAUUCUUUAUAUUUAUGUACCAUAGUUAAUCGAAAAGAUAUAUCUUCUGUUAGGGAUUUGACAGGUGAUCAUAUUGAAUAUUUGAAAACUUUGAAGUCUACUAUUUUGAAGGUUACAAGUGAAAAAUACGCUAUCGAUAAAGAUGAGUUAAGACUUUUCGUUCAUUAUCAACCUUCAUACUAUCAUUUCCAUAUCCAUGUAGUGACAGUCAAACAUCCAGGAUUAGGUGAUGGGAUAAAUGUUGGUAAGGCUAUUCUUUUAGAUGAUAUCAUUGAAAAUUUAAAAUUAUCAUCAUCUUAUUAUCAAAAAAGAACUAUUCCUUACUUGUUGGGAGAAAACCAUGGACUUUGGAAGAUUCAAGGAUAUAGAGAUCAAUGUUAA